UUGAAUGUACUAGGCACUCACGUGUUGCUGGAUCUUCGAGAAUGCGACCCUCAAUUGCUAAACGACUUGGAUCACAUCCGGAAUGAACUGCUAAAGGCUGCUGCUGCGGUGGACGCCCACGUUGUCGGAGAGUCGUUUCACCAGUUCACACCUCAGGGAGUGACUGGUAUCUUGUCAAUCGCCGAAUCGCAUAUUUCCAUACACACGUGGCCGGAACACAGAUAUGCGGCGGCGGAUAUUUUUACGUGCGGUGAUCAGACCAUGCCUGGUAGAGCCGCCAACCUGAUUAUUGAAGCGCUGGGUUGCCGCGCCCCCCAAAUCACCGAAAUACGGCGUGGACUGAACGAAUCGAUCGUUGCCGAUCUGCAAUCGGUUCAUCUCGUCAAGUAA